AAAUCCUGAAGCAGUUUCCUCCCCAAGCUUGAUCAAGCUUGAUCAGUGAGUGAGUACAAGAAGUAUCAAACUGUUCCUCUUCCGUUCAGAAUAAGGGCCUGUCUGCCCGCCUGCCUGUUAGAGCGCCCAAGAAAGAUCCCUCCCAAGUUGAGCACUAUAAAUGGGAUGGACAAAAUGAGAGGAGCAUCAGUUGAUCAUUCUCAACCAAUCCAACAACAUGAAGACCUUCAUUGCCACCCUUGGCCUUGUUGCCCUUGCCGCCGCCGACAACGCUCCCCGUUAUGAGCCCAGAUACCAGCCUAGCUACAAACCCAGCUACGAGCCCAGCUACAAGCAGCCUUCCUACAAGGAAGAGCCCGCUUCCUACCAAUACAACUAUGAGGUCAAGGAUGAAUAUGCCGGUUUGAACUUUGAUGCCAAUGAGGCUCGUGAGGGAUACAACACCAAUGGUGGAUACAACGUGCUCCUCCCCGACGGCCGCACACAGAAGGUCACCUACACUGUUGAUGGGUAUGGCGGUUAUGUGGCUGAUGUCCAAUACGAGGGAGAGCCCAAGUACGAGUCCUACAAACCCAAGUAUGAGCCAAGUACCAACCCUACAAGCCCACCUACAAGCCCGCCUACAAGCCCGCUUAUCCCCAGCCUUCUUAUGAAUAAGAGUCUGAUCUCCUCCAAUAUUUAUUUCAAAGACUAUUUAUCUCUAUGAAAUAAACGACCAAAGCCUUUA